AUGGGUGGAUUCAAAGCAAUGUACGUUGGAUUCAAGAUUGAUGGCUCCGAUCAACAACUUCGCGAUCAAUUGGGUCUCAAAUAUAACGAAGAAUAUAAGGAAUGGAGUUGGCAGCCUGUCUUUGACGAAAACGAUAUGGAAUUCGAUCCGGACGACGAUGACGAGGAUGGGACGGAUGACGAUGACUUUCUUCAGUACGUCGAUGAUAUGGAAAUCGAUUUUAAGGCGGAAGAACUCGAUACUUCCAACAUUGUCGGAGGACUACCGCCGCCAGUGGUGGUAGAACAAGAACAACCCCAGGGAAAUGAGUGUGGUGACACUAAUGAUGACACUACUGAUGACCAUCAACAGGCAGAUAUGGAAGGCAACAAUACUGGAACUGUGAAGAAUGACGACAAUAACAGCACAGUAGACAAAACCGAUGACGCGGAUGUGGAAGAAGAAAAGAACCCGGCAGUGAAUACUGAAACUAUGGAUGAUGGCACAGAUGGUAAAAAUAACAAAAACGACGACAACGACGGCAAGCCUACUAGCAGCACCACACCAAGUAGUGGCAAUUAUGAUACAAAGCAACAGCAUCUGAUCAAACACCCUGACUAUCCAUUCUAUCCAUACUUACCGGUAGCAACAUACGAACAACAAGAAUCACUGAUACAUGCCGUUGGUCCGUGUUGUGGUCGGACCCGGGGUUUCAAUUUUGUGGUCUUUGGAUACAAGAUAAUCUCGGGUGAAGCAUGGGCACCGGUCGAUCAAGCAUACGAGCUUCCGAAUACACCAGUACUAGCACAAAGUGUCAUUGACCAUUGGCAAUAUUUGGGACGACAUGAUAAAACUGUGAAGGAUGUUGGAUUGUUGCUCUUUGAACAUGCUUGUUCCUGUUCGUGA